CCACAGGACGGCUGCCACAACCACAUCCGUGUGCUGCUGCCCCGUGAUGCCCGGACCCUCUUUGUCUGUGGGACCAACGCCUUCAGCCCCGUGUGCCGCACCUACCAGGCGCUGACCCUACAGCAGGAGGGCGAGGAGCUGCCUGGACAGGCUCGCUGCCCCUUCGACGCACGGCAGAGCAUCGCAGCCACUUUUGCCGACGACCGUCUGUACUCGGCUACCGUGGCGGACUUCCAGGCGAGCGAUGCCGUCAUCUACCGCAGCAUGCGCGGCCCGGCGCUGCGCAGCAUCAAGUACAGCUCCCGCUGGUUGAGGGAGCCGCACUUCGUCCACGCGAUGCCCCACGGAGCACACGUCUAUUUCUUCUUCCGGGAGAUGGCGGCGGAGCUGGGGCUGCCGGGGAAGGUGCCGGUGUCCCGCGUGGGCCGCGUGUGCCGCAAUGACGCCGGCGGCUCCCCGCGGGUCCUGGAGCGGCGCUGGACGUCGUUCCUGAAGAAGCGGCUGCAGUGCGCCGUGCCCGGGGACGUCCCCUUCCACUUCGAUGUCCUCGAGGCCGUCACCGCGCCCCACACUCUGCACGGACGGCCCGCGGUGCUGGCGGUGUUUGGGACGCAGCGCAACAGCAUCCCGGGUUCGGCCGUCUGCGCCUUCUACCUGGCGGAUGUGGAGCGCGCCUUUGAGGGACCCUUCGCCGACCCCCGCGGAGCCGCGGCCCUGUGGCCCCCAGUGCCCGAGGAGCGCGUGCCCCGGCCCAGACCCGGCUGCUGUGCAGGGAUGGGGUCGGCCGCUGCCGUCGUCACCUCUGGGGACAUUCCGGAUGAGACGCUGUCCUUCGCCAAAGAGCACCCGCUGCUGCACGGGGCGGUGGCACCCGCCGGGGGACGGCCGCUCUUCACCCAAACCGGCACCAGGCUGACGCAGCUGGCGGUGGAUGUGGGCGCGGGGCCGCGGGGGAACCAGACGGUGCUGUUUGUGGGGUCGGAGGACGGGCGGGUGCUGAAGGUGCUGACGGCCGCACGACGCCCCGGGGACAACGGGCAGCACGGCGACACUGCGGGACACGGGGAUGAAAAUGGGGACAACAACGGGGAUGGUGGCACUGAGGCGGUGCUGCUGGAGGAGAUCAGGCUGUACGAGGCCGGGAGGUGCCGGGGGCCGCGCGGCGCCAGCCGGGUGCUGGGGUUGGAGCUGCACCCCGAAGGCCGAGAGCUGAUCGUCGCCUUCUCAGGGUGCAUCGUGCGACUGCCCCUGAGCCGCUGCGCCCGGCACGGGCAGUGCCGCCGGAGCUGCCUGGCGGCGCGGGACCCCUACUGCGUCUGGCUGCCCCCCGGGGGCUGCGUCCCCUUCUCUAAGGACCUCCCGGACGGCUUUGAGCAGGACGUGGAGGGGUCCAGCGGGCUGACGGGGACCUGCCCAGGUGCAGCAUCUGCAGGGGACAGGGAUGGGGACAAUGGGGAUGAGGCCCAUGGGGUCCGCGGAGCGGUGCGGGAGGCGGCGGUGCCGGUGCCGGUGCUGGUGGGCUGCGUGCUGGGCGCCUUCGUGCUGGGAGCGCUGGUGGCGGGACUGGGAGCCGCCUGCACCCGCCGACCGGCAGCACCCAAAGGCGCCCCCGAGCCCCCCAGCCCGCACCCCUCGCCCGCCCCGCGCCUCUACCCCCCGCUGCCCCCCCACGACGGGGCCCCGGACCCCCACCCCGAGCCGCCCAGCCCGGAGCCCCCCACCAGGACGCCCCACGGGCUCAGCGCCCCGCAGCCCCCCGGCCCGGGACCCCCGCUCAGAGCCAUCCCAGAGGGCUCGGGAGCCGCAGGGCGGUCGCUGCCCCCCCCCGGCCCCGUGGCCAACCGGGUGCAGCCGGGUUCCGCUUCGUUGGCCCCGUGGGACGGAGCCCCGCGGCGCCUCGACGUGCCCCCCGACAGCCCCCCGCCCCCGCCGGCCGCUGGCACAGAGACACUCCCUGGAGGGGGCAGCGAGAGCAGCCGGCGCGGCGCGCGGCCUCAUCCGCAUGCACUCCCUGGGGGCCCCGGGGGGGGCUCCGCCGUGGGCUCCCCACGCCGUUCCCCUGCAGCGCUCGCUCUCCGUGAAGCCCCCCCUGCCGCCCAAACCCCCCCCGGUGCCCUGAGCCCCUGCGGGUCCCCCGCGCCGCAGGGACACGGGGGCUCCGUAUCCGCUCUCCCACCGCCCCCAGGUGACGAGUGUCCCUACGGCCCCCGCUGCUGGGGUCCCUCGUGCCCCCACAUCCCCGUUUUUCAUGUUUUCCCCCUAAUUUAUUCAGCGCUGUGGGACCCCCCGGGAGGCGGGGCUGCGCCCCAGGGCUGGGCUUGUCCUACCGUGUAG